GAUUACAAAUCAUUUAGCAGAUAGACGUCGUAGAAGAGAAAAUAAACCUAUAUCUGUUUUAUUAUAUUAUUUAUGUGAAAACUUGUAAAACUAAUGUUGUUACUGCUUCAGAAUAUACAGAUACUUCCAAGUAAUAACAAAGAAAAAAAAUGGCUUUUCUUCGUGGUUCACUUAAUUAUGUAUGGUGCACCACAAGUGUGCUUGGAAAAGGAGCAACUGGUUCCGUUUUCCAAGGAGUUAAUAAAAAUACCGGCGAGUCUGUCGCAGUUAAGACAUUCAAUCCUUACAGUCAUUUGCGUCCACAAGAUGUUCAAAUGCGUGAAUUUGAAGCGCUUAAAAAGUUGCAUCAUGAAAACAUCGUGAAGCUUCUGGCUAUUGAGGAAGAUCAGGAGGGGCGUGGAAAAGUAAUUGUAAUGGAGCUUUGUACUGGUGGCAGUCUUUUCAACAUACUCGAUGACCCCGAAAAUUCGUAUGGUUUGCCUGAGAAUGAGUUUCUCUUAGUGCUGGAACAUUUAUGUGCAGGCAUGAAGCAUUUACGCGAUAAUAACCUAGUACAUCGUGAUCUUAAGCCCGGAAAUAUAAUGAAAUUCAUAUCGGAAGAUGGUCAAACCAUAUACAAGCUAACUGAUUUUGGCGCAGCACGCGAGCUAGAUGACAAUCAAGCAUUUGUGUCAUUAUAUGGAACAGAAGAGUAUUUGCAUCCAGAUAUGUACGAACGAGCCGUACUACGUAAACAAAUAAAUCGCUCAUUUACAGCAAAUGUAGAUUUAUGGUCAAUUGGGGUUACCCUUUACCAUGUUGCUACAGGCAAUUUACCAUUCCGUCCGUUUGGUGGGCGUAAAAACCGUGAAACAAUGCAUCAAAUAACCACCAAGAAAGCUUCGGGUGUUAUUUCGGGUACACAACUAUCUGAAAAUGGACCAAUCGAAUGGUCAACUACGCUUCCUUCCUACUGUCACUUGUCUGAAGGUCUUAAAACAUUGGUCACACCACUACUGGCCGGCUUGUUGGAAAAGAACCGAGAGAAUACUUGGUCAUUUGAUCGUUUCUUUCAGGAGGUUACUUUAAUUUUGCGUAAAAUAGUGCUACAUGUUUUCUUCACAAAUCGUACAACAUCUGUAGAGGUGUAUCUUGAACCGGAUGAACAAAUCGAUAACUUUCGAGACCGCAUUUAUUUACAAACAGAGGUGCCUAUAGAAAAACAAAUACUAUUGUUUAACAAUGAACAUUUAGAGAGCAGGGUGAUGUCCUCCUCCAUAUCAAAAGCUUUCCCUACAACUACAGCAGAAAGUCCUAUAUUUUUAUAUAGCAAUGAUGACAAUAACGUGCAGUUACCGCAGCAAUUGGAGUUGCCAAAGUUCCCUGUAUUCCCCACAAAUGUCUCAGUUGAGAAUGACGCAAGUCUCGCUAAGGCUGCAUGUAGUGUUGGCCAUGAAUGCAAGCGUCGAAUCGAUACUUUUACUUCAAUGGAUAUGUUAAUGAAACGUGGUGUUGAACAAUUCAUAGCCAUGCUGAUAACAACAAUUACUUUGUUACUAAAAAAAACCAACCAUAUUGAAAAUCUGUUGACAACUACGCUUGAUUAUGCGGAUGCAGUCAAACGACUUGGCAAUAUGACCAAAAAUGGCCAUGAACUAAAACCGAUACUUUCGAAGUUGUACGAUUUAAAACCCAACUUCGAUGUUGCAGCUGACGUUAUAAUGCAAAUGCAUAAACGUUUCGUUGUGGAAGAUGCCCUCAAUGAUCAGUGGUCAUCGUCUAUGCAUGGAAAGCGGUGUCCUUGUCGCACACGAGCCAGUCCUCGAGCGAAGUAUCUUGUGGAGCGAUUACGAGAUUCGUGGCAACAUUUAUUGCGAGAUCGCGCUACACGUACACUCACAUACAACGAUGAACAAUUUCAUGCUUUAGAAAAGAUAAAAGUAUUACGCAAUGGCGAUCGUAUAAAAACACUGCUUUUGGAUGAUGUAAAACCCGCCGUUGCGCAAAUGGCGGAAUGUCUGGCAGAUUGGUAUAAACUGGCACAAACUGUAUUUCUUAAAACGCAGAUAUUGGAAAAAGACAUACGCGAUUAUGAGCGUAAAUUGAAUGAUUUGCGUGAUAAGCUAUAUCAUAUCAAAUCCGAAAUGAAAGCCGAUGAAAGUACAAGGACGAAUGCGAAUAAUAAUAUUUUAUCGAAAAAUAUGCAAAAAACUCUUAUUAAAAAAAUGCACAAACAACACGAGGAAGUAUUGGAAAUAAUGCAUCAAAAUGCUGUACUUAUUAAUCGCCUGAAGGAGUUGGGCAUUGAUUGCAGUAGUGUAAAACAGAUUGAAACAUUGAAGAAUAAAACAUAAUUUAAAUAUAUAUCUAGAAAUAAGAUAAGACUGUAAAAAUAUGUUAUAUGAAUGGAAGGGAGCUCAUAUUAAAUUAAAGUGGAAUGA